AUGGAGCCCCAGUUGAAACAUGAUCGCGCCAGGGAAAUCAAAGAAUUUCGUGAAACAAAAGCAGGGGUCAAAGGCCUAGUGGAUUCCGGGAUGGUAAGAAUCCCAAGAAUGUUCGUCCAUGACGAAAAAGUACUAGCUGAAUAUCCCACCAAUAACAAUCUCCUGGUCCCUCUGAUUCAUCUGAAAGAUCUUCAAUAUGGUGAUCAUCAGCGGAAAGAAAUUGUUGAUCAGAUUCGUGGAGCAUUGGAGACAUGGGGAUUUUUCCAAUUGAUCAAUCAUGGAAUACCCAUUAGUAAACUGGACAAGUUACUAGAAUGUCAGAAACAGUUCCAUGAACAGCCCACAGAGGUGAAGAGCGAACUUUAUUCUCAUGAUCCAAAGCAAAGUGUGAAAUUCUUCACCACUUCGUCUCUAGACGGCAAUCAGCCAACCGACUGGCGUGAUACGUUUUCAUUCAGGUUUCCAGAAGAUAUAUUGGACCCUCAUGGUUUACCAACAAUUUGCAGGGAAGCUGUUGUUAGCUAUAUGGAAUGUUUAUUGAAGCUAGAGGACACUCUCUCCGGUCUAUUUUCUGAGGCUCUUGGUCUAAACAGAGACUAUCUUUCAAGAAAUGGGUGGUUGAAAGGUGGACGGUUUGCUUGUCACUAUUACCCAACUUGCCCGGAGCCACACCUAACCCUGGGCGCCAGGCAGCAUUCAGACCCGUCAUUUCUCACAAUACUCCUGCAGGAGGACGUUGGUGGCCUCCAACUUCUUCAUCAGAACCAGUGGGUGGACGUGCCUCCGACCAAAGGAGCUUUGGUUGUAAAUGCUGGAGACUUCAUGCAGGUGCAAUUUCAUUAAUUUUAGCUAGUUUAUCAAAAAGAACUUAGACUAUGUCUGCCAGAGUCAUCAUCUGAUUCCUUUUUUUAAAGGGGAAAAAAUGCAGUUUAUGCUUCG